AUGGAUGUUUCUACUGUUCUUACACCACCUUCUUCACCCACUUGUGCUUUACAACAUUAUGAAUGUGCAGUUUGUAAGAUCUUAUACAAAACUAAAUUUGGUUUAACACAUCAUAAUACUACUGUACAAAAAUACAACUUGCAACAUGAAGGAUUGUGCAGAUUGCCUUCUGAAGUGAUAACUGA